AUCAGAAUCAAUGGAUUUGGAAGAAUUGGGCGAUUGGUGGCUAGGGUUGCUCUUCAAAGAGACGAUGUCGAGCUUGUUGCAGGCAACGAUCCCUUCAUUACCGUUGACUACAUGACCUACAUGUUCAAAUAUGACAGCGUCCACGGUCAAUGGAAGCACGACGAGCUCACGGUUAAGGAUGAGAAGACCCUUCUCUUUGGCAAGAAGCCUGUGACUGUUUUCGGCUUUAGGAACCCAGAAGAGAUUCCAUGGGGUGAAACUGGUGCCGAAUACAUUGUCGAGUCAACUGGAGUGUUCACUGACAAGGACAAAGCUGCAGCCCAUCUAAAGGAGUUACGUAUACGAAGAAGGGAAGAUUCA